AGGGUCAGGCGGAGGAGGGAGCGGGGAGGUUCCCGCCCCGCCCCGCUGCCGGCAGGUUCCGGGACAGCGCCGCUCUCCGCGCCGCCGGGGCAGAGCCCGGAGCCGCCACCGCUGCGGGACCCGCGAUGGCCGCCGCCCUGCGCUGCGCCCUCUGCAGCUGCCUCCUGCUCCGCGUAUCUGGGAUAGUGCCAAAACCCCAAAAUGCAAGAAUUAUUUCAGUUAAUCUUCGUAGCGUUUUACAGUGGGAUGCACCUAGGUUUCACAAAGGGAAUAUAAGUUACACUGUCCAAUCUAAAAGCAACAUUUUCCCUGGAGAGAAAUACAAAAGUGUGAGCACAAACUUGAGACUCACGGAGUGUGACAUCUCUUUUCUGUCUCCGUAUGGGCACUACGUUUUACAGGUCAGAGCGGAGUCAGAAAAUAACCAUUCAAAGUGGGUGACCGUCAGAUUUAACCCAAUGGAUGACACAGUCAUUGGGCCCCCUGAUGUAAAAGUGGAGUCUGAGUCUGGGUCCCUGCAUGUGGAUUUCAUAGGCCCUUUUGCUGAACAUGAGCAGGACAGGUGGUCUCUAAGGCAACUUUACGGAUCAUGGAAAAACAGAAUACUGUACUGGAAAAAAGGCAGCCAUACCGAGGUAAAUCACAUAGAAACCGAACAUAACUCUUAUAUAAUAUCUCAGUUGGAGCCGUGGACAACGUAUUGUAUUCAAGUCCAAGCAGUUAUCCCUGAGUGGAACAAAACAGGGGAACUGAGCGGAGAGCUUUGUGAGCAGACAACCCACAAUGGUGUAACGCCUGUGUGGAUAAUUGUGACCGUUCUUAUAGGAUCAAUGUUGGUCGUUGCAAUAACUGUUCUUGUUGGUUUCUUUUCCUUUUUUUAUCUAUAUCGACUCACCAGAUACGUUUUCUGCCCUUCAUAUAUUUUCCCACAACACCUGAAAGAGUUUUUGAGCAAGCCUCCUAGUGGUUCUCAGUAUUUUUCUUCACUCCCACAAGAAGAGCAUCUUUUUUAUGACAAGCUAACUGUCAUUUCAGAAGAAUCCAAAAAUCUAAGCAAUGGCUCAGGAGAUGAGACCAGCAAGACAUCAGAGCACCUUCAGGACUCUGAACUGGAAGAUUCUGAUUCAUGAGAAGUACCUUCUUCAGAGAAGGCCUAAACACACGCCUCGUGCUUCACUUGGACGAAAAGAAAAGCAAAUGGGCUAUUGAGUUUAUCUCACUGCUGCUUUCCUAAGGCAGUAAAAAUUCAUAUAUGAAGAUGUGCGCACAGACUUUUGAGGGAAUAAUAUUUUUUAAAGUACAGGAAACAUGAGUGUAAAUGAGGAAUUAAAUUAUAUGUACUUUUUGCUACUGUUUGUAGUAGCUCACUGUUAAGUUGUAGCAAUACCGAGAACUACUAUAAUAUUAAUUUAAAAAGCAAGUAUCAUAUGUAUAAAAUAUAGUUAAUUUAACUUUUAGGAACUAUUUAUUGCAAAUGCUAAUCAAAAUUAUAUAUUGUAUAAGGUUUCUAAGAGAAAAUCAUAUUUUGUAAAGAAACACCUGAUCUGACUUAUUUUUUUAAAUGAGAAAUGGUGUGUAUUUCUUAAGGCAUAAUCUUUCUAUUGAACAUUUUUUUACCUGAUGCAAAAUUGUAACAUUAUUAUGAUGGUUUGAACUUGAUAUGAAUAAACCA